ACUUAGUUAAUUUGUUAACGGAAGUGAUUGCCACUUUGGUUCGCUCUUUAAAUCAAAACUGUCCACGCGCACACGUGACUUUCCUCAACCUCUUCGGGUAAUUUUUUUUUUCAGCUCUUCUCAUAGUUAAGACUGACUAAAGGCUACUACUGACUAAGACUAACAUUACGAGCUCAGUUUGUUCAGAAAGUUAACUACAGCCAUGAAAGAGGUGGUAGUAGAUAUCGCACCCAAAUGCAUUAGCGGGUUGGAGUUCGGGGCGUUAUCGUCUAAGGAUAUUAUUGCUCAGUCGGAAGUGGAAGUUCAAACUCGAGAUUUAUAUGAUCUUGAAAAGGGUCGAGCCCCCAAGACUAAUGGAGCUUUAGAUACAAGAAUGGGUAUAUCUUCUAAUUCUUCCGAAUGUGCUACAUGUCAUGGGAAUCUUGCCUCAUGUCAUGGACAUUUUGGUCAUGUAAGAUUAGCAUUACCAGUAUUUCAUGUGGGAUAUUUUAAAGCCAUUAUUCAAGUAUUACAAUGUAUAUGUAAAAAUUGUUCAGCAGUAUUAUUAGAAGAUCAAGUUAAACGUCAAUUCAUUUCAGAAUUAAGGAAACCAAAUAUUGAUAAUUUAAAACGAAUGAAAUUAUUAAAGAAAAUUUUAGAUCAAUGUAAGAAACAACGUAGAUGUCUUAAAUGUAAUCAUAUUAAUGGAGUAGUUAAGAAAGCUGCAAGUGGUGCUGGUCCAGCUGCAUUAAAAAUUGUUCAUGAUACUUUUAGAUGGAUUGGGAAAAAGGCUACUCCAGAAAAGGAAUAUUGGGAUCAAGAAUUUAAUGAAGUAUUCUCAAGAAAUCCUGAACUUGAAAAGUUUGUUAAGAGAGUUCAUGAUGAUUUAAAUCCUUUAAAGACUUUAAAUUUAUUUAAACAAAUAGAACCAUCUGAUUGUGAAUUAUUUGGUAUUGAUACUGCUAGAGGUGGAAGACCAGAAAUGUAUAUUUGGAGAUAUUUACCUGCUCCUCCAGUAUGUAUUCGACCAUCAGUUAUGAUGGAUGCUCAAUCUAAUGAAGAUGAUUUAACAGUUAAAUUAACUGAAAUUGUUUGGACUUCAACAUUAAUUAAUGCAGGGAUUGAAAAGGGAAUUUCUAUUAAUAAUUUAAUGGAACAAUGGGAUUAUUUACAAUUAUCUGUUGCUAUGUAUAUUAAUUCUGAUUCAGCAAAUCCAGCAUUAUUACCACCAUCAGGUGGAGCUGGAGGUGGAGGAGGAUCUAAAUCGGCUAAACCAAUAAGAGGAUUUUGUCAAAGAUUAAAGGGUAAACAAGGUAGAUUUAGAGGAAAUUUAUCUGGUAAAAGAGUGGAUUUUUCAGCAAGAACAGUUAUAUCUCCUGAUCCAAAUUUAAGAAUUGAUGAAGUAGCAGUACCUGAUAGAGUUGCUAAAGUUUUAACUUAUCCAGAAAAAUGUACUAGAUAUAAUCGUAAAAAAUUACAACGAUUAAUUUAUAAUGGACCAGAUGUUCAUCCUGGUGCUAAUUAUCUUAUGAAACAAAAUGAAUCGGCCAAGAGAAAUUUAAGAUUUGGUGAUAGAGUUAAAUUAGCAAAAAAUUUACAGAUUGGUGAUGUUGUAGAAAGACAUAUUGAAGAUGGAGAUGUGGUAUUAUUUAAUAGACAACCUUCAUUACAUAGACUUUCUAUUUUAUCUCAUUAUGCAAAGAUUAGACCUUGGAGAACUUUUAGACUUAAUGAAUGUGUUUGUACACCAUAUAAUGCUGAUUUUGAUGGAGAUGAAAUGAAUUUACAUGUACCACAAACUGAAGAAGCAAGAGCAGAAGCCAUAAAUCUUAUGGGAGUUAAAAAUAAUUUAUUAACUCCAAAAUCAGGUGAACCAAUUAUUGCUGCCACUCAAGAUUUUAUUACUGGAUCUUAUUUAAUAUCUCAUAAAGAUUCAUUUUAUGAUAGAGCUUCAUUAGUUCAAUUAUUAAGUAUGAUGUCUGAUGCAGAUAUUCAAUUUGAUUUACCUCCUCCAUCAAUUUUUAAACCAGUUAUGCUUUGGACUGGUAAACAAGUAUUUUCUUUAUUAAUUAAACCUAAUAAGAAAUCUAAUGUUGUGAUUAAUUUAGAUGCUAAGAAUAAAACUUUUAUACCACCAGCUACUGGAUUACCUAAUGAAAUGUCUCCUAAUGAUGGAUUUGUUAUUAUUAGAGGUUCUAAUAUAUUAAGUGGAUUAAUGGAUAAAUCAACUCUUGGAGAUGGUAAAAAGCAUUCAGUAUUUUAUACCAUACUUCGAGAUUAUGGACCUGAAGAAGCAGCAAAUGCUAUGAAUCGUAUGGCUAAAUUAUGUGCAAGAUAUUUAGGUAAUCGAGGAUUUUCUAUUGGAAUUAAUGAUGUUACACCUGGUAUAGAUCUUAAAAAUAAGAAAGAAUCAAUGGUUGAACAAGCUUAUGCAAAUUGUGAUGAAUUAAUUGAUUUAUAUAAUAAAGGAAAAUUAGAAACUCAACCUGGUUGUAAUGAAGAACAAACUUUAGAAGCUAAGAUUGGUGGAUUACUUUCAAAAGUUAGAGAAGAAGUUGGUGAAGUUUGUAUUCGAGAAUUAGAUUCACUUAAUGCUCCAUUAAUUAUGGCCACUUGUGGUUCUAAAGGUUCUACAUUAAAUGUUUCUCAAAUGGUGGCAGUUGUUGGUCAACAAAUUAUUUCAGGUAAUCGUGUUCCUGAUGGAUUUCAAGAUAGAUCAUUACCUCAUUUUACUAAAAAUUCCAAGACUCCUCAAUCUAAGGGGUUUGUAAGAAAUUCAUUCUUUAGUGGAUUAACUCCACCUGAAUUUUUAUUCCAUGCUAUUUCUGGUAGAGAAGGGUUAGUUGAUACCGCAGUUAAAACUGCAGAAACUGGUUAUAUGUCUCGUAGACUUAUGAAAUCUUUAGAAGAUUUAUCUGCUCAAUAUGAUACAACCGUUAGAAAUUCUUCAAAUGGUAUUGUCCAAUUUACUUAUGGUGGAGAUGGAUUAGAUCCAUUUGAAAUGGAAGGUGAUGCUAAACCAGUUAAUUUUAAACGUCAAUGGGAUCAUGCAUUUAAUAUUACAUUUAAUAUUAAUGAUAAAGGUUUAUUACCAUUUGAAAUUAUUAAUUUAGUAGAUUCAAUAUUAGAUCCAUUAAUCGAUAGAUUAAUUAGACAUGAUAAUCAAGGAAAUGUCUUAGAAGAAGAAAACUUUGAAAAGAUUGAAUUCAUUGAUCAAAAUGAAGCAGAACGAGAAUAUUAUCAAUCUCUUAAAGAUUUUAUAUUUGAUAAGGCAGAACAAUUGGCUAGAAUUAGAGAAAAGAAAGGAUUACAAGCUUAUUUAAAAGCACCUUCAAUGAUUAUUGAUGAAGAAAUUGAUGAAGAUUAUUCUAGUAUAAAUGCCAUUAAUCAAUUAUUAAAGAUAUCUUCAUUAUCAAUUGAGAAAUUCCUUGAGCAAUCAUUAUAUAAAUAUUCUCGAGCUAAAGUUGAACCAGGUACUGCAGUAGGAGCUAUUGGAGCUCAAUCUAUUGGUGAACCAGGUACUCAAAUGACUUUAAAGACUUUCCAUUUUGCUGGUGUGGCAUCAAUGAAUGUUACUUUAGGGGUUCCUCGUAUUAAAGAAAUUAUUAAUGCAUCUAAAACUAUUUCAACUCCAAUUAUUAAUUCAGUAUUAGUUAAUGAUGAAGAUGAAAUUGCAGCUAGAGUUGUUAAAGGUAGAAUUGAAAAGACUUUAUUAAAGGAUGUAGCCUUUUAUAUUGAAGAUGUUUAUGCUAAUGAUUUAGCCUAUAUAUCAAUUAAAGUUGAUCUUAAAACCAUUGAAAAAUUACAAUUAGAAUUAACUAUUGAUAAUAUUGCUCAAGCCCUUUGUAAUGCACCAAAAUUAAAGAUUUUACCUGGUGAAGUAUCGGUUACUUCAAAGGAUAGAAUUAAUGUUCUUGUUACAUUACGAGAAACUAAAGCUGAUAUCUUAAAAGGUGGUAGUGAUAUUAAUACAUUAUUCUUUAGAAUGCAACAAUUAAAGAGAGCUUUACCCAAUGUAUGUAUUAAAGGAUUACCUAAUAUAUUCCGAGCAGUUAUUAAUAUUCGAGAUGAUAAUAAAAAGGAAUUAUUAGUUGAAGGAUAUGGAUUAAAAGAAGUUAUGAGUACUGAAGGUGUUGUAGGUACCAAAACCACUACAAAUCAUGUCCUUGAAGUAUUUGAAGUAUUAGGUAUAGAAGCUGCCAGAAGUUCAAUUAUUAAAGAAAUUGAUUAUACUAUGAGUAAUCACGGUAUGAGUGUUGAUCCUCGUCAUAUUCAACUUUUAGGAGAUGUUAUGACAUAUAAGGGAGAAGUGUUAGGAAUUACUAGAUUUGGAUUAAGUAAAAUGAGAGAUUCAGUAUUACAAUUAGCAUCAUUUGAAAAGACUACUGAUCAUUUAUUCGAUGCAGCAUUCUUUAUGAAGAAUGAUAAAAUUGAAGGAGUAUCAGAAUGUAUUAUUUUAGGACAAACUAUGAGUAUUGGUACUGGAUCAUUUAAGCUUGUUAAGUCUUCUAAUUAUGAUAAGAAAGUAUUAACUAGGAAACCAUCACUAUUUGAACAAGUAUGUGAAGAAGUAAGUGUAUAUUAGGAUAGGGCAUAGGCAUACUAUUGCGGUAAUGAUGUAUUGUUUAGGUAGUGAGUAGUGUAUAUAGACCCCUAAAAUUACCAUAAACAAAAGUAAGUA